GUUGAGGUUGCUUUCACGGUUGAUUUCGCUUCAUCGACAGGAAUGCCUGCAUCCUGUGUGCGGAUUGUAAAUGCCGAUCGGGGACGCGUUUAUAAGGCGUCUUUGUCGCUUUCCGGAUGCGGGUUCCUAUGUAUAUAUCAUGCUGGUGUAUGCGCAGCUAUCAAAGAACAUGUCCCGCAGCUGUUGCAAAACCAAAUUUCCGGUGCCUCUGCCGGUUCUAUCAUCGCCGCCAGUGUUAUCUGUAAUGUAUGUAUUUCCCAAGCUACGAGCUUCUUCCUCAGCGUCGUCUCUGAAGCAAGGUCAUACACAUUUGGUGCUCUAAAUCGAGAUUUCGACUUGAUGAAAUUGGUGCGAAUGAAAUUGAAUUCUAUUUUACCCAGUGACGCUCAUGAGCUUUGCACUGGUCGAUUGAGGAUUUCUGUAACUCGUUUCUGUGAUAUGGAAAAUGUGGUAUUGGAUGAGUUUCGCACCAAAGAUGAACUCAUCGAUGCAAUUUGUUGUAGCUGUUUCAUUCCGGUAUACGGCGGCUUUAUUUAUCCAACAUUUCGAGGGGAAAUUUACAUUGAUGGUGGUGCUAGUGAUAAUCAACCGAUUACUGAUAUUGAUACCAUUACAGUUUCGCCAUUUUCGGGUGAAUCUGACAUUUGCCCGACAGAUGAGGAAAGUGCAAGCUUGUUUGAAUGGAAUUUUGCUGGAACUUCUAUUCGAUUAACAGCGAGUAAUUUGUAUCGUGCUGCUUUAUGUCUUUUUCCUCCGUCUGUUGAAGAAUGCAUAUCCAUGUGCCGUAGUGGUUUCAAUGAUGCCUUGAAAUUUCUUGUUAAUAAUGGAUUCACAUCAAAUGCAGUUUGCUUUUCGGUAAAAACUGAUUUAUCGACCAAGUUGAAUCAAAUAAGUAAAGUAGUUGAUGCUGGAAUAUCAUCGAAUUCGGCGAUAUGCCAAGAAAGUUGUGUGAACGGAAAAAUUGAGCGAUAUAUUGAUGCUGUUCUGACAACAGAGUCCACUCAAUUACCGCAGUCGAUGCAGAAUGCAUUUGAUGAAACAAUAAAAAAAAAUUGGUUUCUGGAUCACAUUCGUUCAUUUCGAAUUGUUCAAUUAGCGCACUAUAUGACAUUGCCCCUAACUGCAGUCUACCAAUGGUUCAGAUUUUGUCACUGCUUAAGUACUUGGCUCAGUUCACGAAUCACCAAACGUAUUGCAGACGACUGGCAUAGUAUGGGAGUAAAACAUAUCCUGGAUUUCAUUAUGAAUGAGAUUCAUUCACAGGAAGCGAAAGUUUCUGCAAGACUUAGCCAGCAGUUAGCAAUCACUGAAAUCGAGUUCAGUGGAAUUGGUCAACAGCCUAUUAUUCGAGAACAACUUAAGGUUAAUUUGUCAUCUGAAGCCAUCAAAGAGAGCGAAGCGCUGAGAAGUAUAGAUAGGUUAUUAUCAGAAAUAGCGCUAUUUAAAGGUUCGUGGAUUGUUACGUGUAGAAGCCAAAUAACUGCUCAUCAGUGAAAGAUCAAAGUAGUGGUUGAACAAUAUUCAUAUGAUCAAAUAUUUAGUUUUCUGGAUGGGAUAUUGAAAGCACUUGCAGGACGACCAAUAAACAAAUUACGAAACAGAUUACGAAAUUACGAGUCCUAGUAAU